AAUGGUUCGUGUAAGAACUACGGUACCCUGCGGCAACGCAUGCGCAGAAGUAGCUAUAAAACUUCAGUAAAAUCCUGCCCUCUGAUUGGCUAAAAUACAUCUUCGGGUGUUUUCCGUAUCUUAUCCAUUGAUUGACAAACAUUUAAAUUAAGAAUAAAACAAAGGUUGCAUUGUUACGACUUAUCCCCGAGUUUUGUCCGAAUCGUAUGUUCGGAAGUUACAUUUCCGACCUAGCGCUCACGUCGCCAUUUUGAAUUCUACAUGCUUCCUCCUCGAUAUAUUAAGACAAGUCUCUCGUUAUUCAUUAUCUCUUCGAAAAUAGUUUGAAAAUCUAUUGUAUAUACUUUAAAGAAACGCUUCUGAGUUCUGUUUGCUUGCAAACUUUGUCCGAGAAGUUAGAAAAGCUUGUUAUGGUGUUCAAAAGGCAGGCAUGUUGCUGCCCAAACCACGAGGCUUGGUGUGGCAGUAAGCCUUCAGAUGUGGAACAGAGGUCCCUGAGAAAGGCGAACAGAGUAGAGAAAGUUUUCUUGGAGCUAGAUGACAAAGGCAAAAAGGGCUGGUCUAGAAGCAUUUGUACAUACUGUCGACAGCGAGUCGAUUUGGAGCUUGGAAACAAACGCAUGAAAACUUCACAGGAGAGCUGUAGAGAUGAAACUGCCUCAAGUUCCAGCGUGUUUUUCCAACCGGAAACCUCUGAGACCAGCGCCGCUGCUGAAGCCGCGUUAGAACCAUUCCAGGACAUUGAGGAAACCUCUGCACUAGGGCAAAUUUUGCCGUCGUCAGUUGAUGCUGUACGACUCAUGAAAGCAUCAACUAAACUAAGGGACAUAGAACUAAAGGACAUAGAACGAUGCAUUGAAGUAGAAGAUACGGCGUUUGGUGAAGCGAAGAUAUUUUUUUAGAAAAUUGUAAAAUAUAAAUAUCAGCAAUAACCCGCAAUUGUCAGUAAGAGCAGUGGAAUGCUUAUGCGGAUGCAAAAAGCUGAAAGAAAUAGUGAAUAUAAAUGCAGCCCGUCUGGAGCCAGAAGAAUUACAAUUUCUUCGCAGAAAUUUUCCGUGAGUCCUCAUGGCCUACUAUGUAUCGAAGACAGAGACCCCGAUUAUAAGCUGGACACUCUCGACUUCAUCAAUGAGCUUAUGGAACAAACCUUGCUUGCGGCUUGUUUUAAGAAAAUAUUGUGCGUUCUGUCUGUGUCGAUGAAAUAAUAAUUAGAGGACUGCUACUGCUGUGAAUUCCAGUAAACUUUAUUGUUGUGGCUUGUAUGCGAUAAUAGUUGUAUUGAGGAUCGAAUAAAGCAAAAUUGGAAACUUUA